AUGUCGGCGCGAACCAAGUCGAGAACGCCAGCGCAGGCGGAGAUGGCGAGGAUCAUCACGAUCUACGUCCAGCACAUUAUGGAAUUGCAGGCUGGUACAUCGAAAAAUGCAUUGGAAACUGAGAUUACACCUCCCAAUGACUCUUUCCCAUCUUUCGACUUUUUUUGCGCGGAGUUUGUGCCCGGUAUAUCGUUGGAAAAGUACGCGCAGCGUCUUGUAACAUACAUGAAAUGCACUUCUGAAGCCUUUAUCUUCGCUCUUGCGUACAUCCGACGUUUUUUAAAUUUAGGUUUCCCCCUACACUCACGUUCCAUUCAUCGUGUCCUCCUCACUUCUAUGGUGGUUGCGGCCAAAACAAGGGAUGACCUCUACUGCUCGAUGAGCUACUAUGCACAGGUGGGCGGAGUGAGUAACCGCGAUCUUAACAUGAUGGAGCUUAGGCUUUUGGCCGAUUUACUUGAUUUUAGGGCAGAAGUACCACCAGAUGAGUAUAGGACGGUUUGCAAUGCCAUCACAGCCGUUGUGUCGAUGGACAAAGUUUCCAGCGACUUAUCUGAGUUGUGCGGUGUUACCGCCAGCAACACUCCCACAGAGUUUGAAAAAAAAAAAGAAUCUCAGAUGCCAAGCCGCAGUGGAUUACCGAUUGUCUGUUGUAUUGGUAACUCUUAA